CAUCAACCAGUAAGAAGAACCCUAGAACCGGCAAUCAGAGUCCCGUUUUCGCUUCCCCCAGAUCCCUCUCCUUCCCGGCCGUCGUCCUCCCCUCAUCAAAUCCUCGUCCUCUCCGAAACAUUCGAACCUCCUCCUCCUCCUCCUCCGAUGGCGGCGCUAAGAAUCCACCCUCCUCUUCCCCUGAAUGCCCUGCCGCGACCCCCAACAGGACCACCCGGCCUCCACCCCCUCCGCCUCAACGCCCGCAGGUCCCUCCCCCUCUCCGCGCCGUGCAUGGGCGGCGGCAGGAGGAAGGAGGCCGGCGACGCCGAGCUCGCGUCCGCCCUGGCCGAGGAGUUGGCGAGGGCGCACGCCCAGGGGAAGCAGAGGGACGAGGCCCUGGCGAAGGGCAGGGCCCUCCUGUUCUCCGAGCUCUGCGGCUACUUCGCCCUGCGGGAGGACGAGCUGAGGAGGAAGUGGGAGGGGAUGGAGGAUGGGGAGCGGCGGGGUCUGGCGACGGAGUUCGUGUCGAAUUGGAGCGCCGAUUUCCAUCCCCUGUCCGCGAGGUCCGUCGUGGAGAUGGUGGAGGAGCAUCUGCAGCAGCAUGGAAAGAAGCCGCCCUUCUCGAACGAUUCGGCGUUUUUUCCUGGCUUGAAGAGAUUGAUGGGUUUGGGCGAGAACAAGUGAAUGGUGUCUUGGGGUUGUGGUUUUGUUGGGUGGGGAUUGCCUGUACCGCAACGGUAAUUGCAGUCGUCUUCUCUGUUUAUUUCUUGAACGACUUCUGGCGGAGAAGAAGCGCACAAUCUGUUCGUAAAAAUGUCCCACAAGUCAAUAGCUACUUGCCUGUCUCGCUUGUCCAAGUAAAUAGCAGUUUGUGUGUUGCUGCUAUACCAGGAUAUGAUUAUGAGGUUUCUUGAGCUUUAUGGUAUCAGAUACUGACAAGGUCUUCACUGAAUUUCUCUAUGAUAGCCUUAUAGAUGCCGAUGUCAGGGCCUUUAAAGACAGUGAGGAAGCUCCGUUUAGGAGAAGAAAAUUGGCCCUGAUCUUUUAGAAGCCAUCAAGAACCCAAGGAUCUUCUUACCAAUUUUCUCUAAAGAGUAAAGAUUAUGCUUCUAGUAGAUGGUGCCUCAAGGAGCUGGCGCCCACGGUUAAAUGUAGGGAAGAAAGGAAACAUGUGAUCUUUUCAAUCUUCUGUUUCGACCCAUGAGUUCAGCAGCCAAAAGCCUUCUCUCGGCACGAGAAGCAUGAGGCCAUGCAAGGAUGGAGGGAUGCUCUUAAUGUGGAAGGAGCAUUGAAAGGAUGGGAAGCGGAGAACAUGGCUGAUGGGUAAUCUGUUAACUCAUGAGUUUGCGUGACUUUCUAUGUUGUGGAUUUCUAUUUUCUGUGUUUGUGAAUGCAUGCUUGGUUUGCUAGUAUGUAUCUGGAAAAGAGAUGACUGUUAUGGUAUAUUACUAAUCAAUGACUAUGGCAUGUCACUCUUAUAAAGUAUGAUUGUAACAUUUGCAUAUCGUAUCACUGGUGGUUUAUCACUGCUUUAACUACCGCCACUAGCCAGCCAAUCCAGCGGUGCUCUACUGCUAUUCCCUCUACAACCACCACCAAUCAGGUAAGACUACUGUUGCCAUGGUCGUGUACAACGAACUUCUUGAACCACGUGAGUACCAUAUCUUCGUCAAAGACAUCUGAGAGCCAAGGUCGUCCCGAGUUAGAUUUACCAUUUCCAUGCAUGCUCCCAUCGGCAAGGAGGAUAUACUGUCGCUGUUCAUCUGCUAUAGGCGACGAUCUCCUGAAUUUUGGCUUUUUUCUGAUUGUAUGUGUGAACCGGUCAUCUUGCAAUGUUUCCUAUGUCAUGCUGAGUGAAGCAGUUAUCUCCUUCAGCUGAAAGAACUUGGUGCAGUGUGUUUAUGGAGAUGAAGCAUGCUUGUAUUGUAGAUCUGUACUGAUAUUCCUGGUUCGGUUGUUAAAGCAGUUAAUUGAUGAACUUAUCAUGGCAACUUAA